GGCUCUUCCAAAAAUUUCUUAAUCGUCCGUCGAAGGCAUUUGACCCUCAGACUGAUCGCGCCUAGAUGCCUGGGGUUGUCCUUCUUCUCCUUGAAAUUACCCCAGUUUCUGGCACCUUCUAGAUCCUGCAGCACAUCGAUCAGCUCCGGUGGUAUCUGCGGGAGACACUAUCAGAUUGACCUGUAGUUUGAUCAAGAGUGUACAGUAGACAAUCUGCGGAAAGAGUGACAAAUAGGUAUGGUGGACCAAGACUUCAAGGGAGUUUCUGAAAAAUUUAGUGUUUCCUUGUUAUCCGAUGAGGGGCAUGGAUCAGAUCGUGUGGUAUGUGAGAUCGGCCUCGAUGGCCUGCUCAUCCUGUCAUCUGACGGGCAGAGGGUCCAGAGGAAGUAUCCCCUGAAGCACAUUAGUCGCUGGGCACUGCGUGGGAACAGCCUUGUCCUCUACACGAAGACGCCAGUGGAUGUGGAAGAACGCACGGUGACUCUGCAGUCUGACGAUAGAACUAUACGUUCAGCGCUGGACACGCUCACCAGCUGCUGCAUGCAGAUGGUGGAAUUGCUGCAGGGGUCUGGGGAAAACAGCCAGACCACAAAUUCACUCACCUCCCUCAUCAACGGAGGCACAUCUAAGAAGCUUCCCUCGGCGGAGGACGUUGAGUUCUGGAGCAACCCAGAGAAGGCAGGCUGGCUCCAGUCCCAGGGCGAGCACAUCAAGACCUGGCGCCGCCGCUGGUUUGUGCUGAAGCAGGGCUACCUGUUCCGCUUUGCCGGCCCGGACGUGACCUCCUCCUCCAAGGCGCGCGGCCUGGUGGACCUGUCAAAGGUGACUGAUGUCAGCGCGGCGCGCGACGCCACCGGCCGCAACAACUCGCUAAUGCUGUCCACGCCCACCGGCCGCGUCCUGUAUGUCGCCGACAGCGAGACCGAGCAGGUCGAGUGGCUGUCUGCCCUCGAAGGCUCCGUUGCCAAGAUUGUCAGACAGGUCGCCGGGGUCGAGGACGAGCCAGCACAGCCGGCUGAGCGGCCGGCGUCUGUGCAGAACAAGUGGACGCAGCAGCUGGAGCAGAACUAUGCAGCGGUGGGGGGCACCGGCAGCGGCAGUGGCCGCAGCUCCUCAGCGCGUGACCCCAACGCCAUGGUCAAGAUUGUCGGGUACAACCAGGAGCCCACUGCGCCGCACAACCGCCCAUCGGCCUCCUACGAUGCUCCCGACUACAGCACGGGCAACAGCUUCGGCUAUGACAACAUUGCAGGCAUCGCAGGCAUCUGCACGAGCGGCUCUGCAGCGCCAAAGCCCAGCUCCAGCUCAUCCUUCUCAGACUCCUUUGUCAAGGUGGACUACCCAUCUUACCCCGUGCUAGCCGCCACCGCCUCCCACCAAACUCCCACCGCCCAGCCGUCCUACGCUGAUCCGGCAGCCGCCGCCGGCAACAGUGGCAGCGGCUAUGGCCAGUUCUCUGCGCCGCAGCAGCAGCAGUCAUACUCCGGCUACCAGGCUCACGGGCAGCAGGACAGCUAUGGCAAUCACCAGCAGCAGCCGUACAGCAGCCCCAGCACAUACUCCUACCAGCCGCAGGCAGCGCAGGCUCACAGCUAUGCACAGCCCGCUCCCGCCCAGCCCUCCUGGCAGGAGCUGCACGCCGACAACGGCCGGCCGUACUACUACAAUGCGUCCACUGGGGUCACACAGUGGGAGCAGCCUGCAGGCUUUGUGUGA